CUAUCAGCAUCCGUCCGCCCGUGAGCGCGCUCUGCCUAUUGUCUGCGGGAAACAGGGCGUGUGCCGCGGGAGAGGGAGAUGCGCGAGCCUCGCUGCGUGGAGCGGUGUGUGAUGCUGGCUUUGGACCACCAAGAUGCUCUGCGCUCACGUUUACAUGGAACGGACGUGCAUUUGCCGCAUUUAUAGCCUUUAUGUGAAUGACUGUUUUCCGACAUCGCUCCUCGCGUCCUUAUAUAAAACAGCUGCAUAUUAAAGAGGCGGAUUUUUCAUCAAAAUGAUGAAGAGAAACAGCUUAUUGCGACCGCGCUCCAUGUCGAUUGGCAAGAAAUCAGAGGCGGUUAAGGUGGUGGUGCGGUGCCGCCCUUUAAACAAGAAGGAAGAGGCGAUGAAUCAGGAAAGAAUUGUUGAAGUAGAUGUCAGACUGGGACAGGUGAGCGUGCGUAAUCCCAAAUCCUCCGGAAGCCUCGUCAAAUCAUUCACGUUUGAUGCCGUCUAUGACGUGGGUUCAAAACAAAACGAGUUGUACGACUAUGCAUGCAAACCUCUUAUUGACUCUGUUUUGCUCGGGUUCAACGGAACAAUAUUUGCAUAUGGGCAAACUGGCACAGGCAAAACAUACACAAUGGAAGGUGUGCCCACAGACCCCGAGACGAGGGGAGUGAUCCCAAAUUCAUUUCAGCACAUAUUUACUCAAAUAUCCAGGUCUCAGAACCAGCAGUAUCUCGUGAGAGUGUCUUACAUUGAGAUAUAUCAAGAAGAGAUACGAGAUCUCCUCUGCAAGGACAACAACAAAAAACUAGAGCUCAAGGAAAACCCAGAGUUGGGCGUCUAUGUUAAAGACCUCUCAUGUGUUGUGACCAAGAACAUAAAGGAGAUUGAACACGUCAUGAACUUGGGGAAUCAGUCAAGGUCUGUAGGAUUCACCAAAAUGAAUGAGCGCAGCUCCAGAUCUCAUGCGAUUUUUGUCAUAACUAUUGAGUGUGGUGAAAUGGGCAUUGAUGGUGAGGACCACAUUCGUGUUGGAAAGUUAAACAUGGUGGAUCUUGCCGGUAGUGAGCGCCAAAGCAAAACAGGUGUGCAGGGACGGAGAUUUAAAGAGGCUGCAAAGAUCAACUUGUCUCUUUCUGCUCUUGGAAAUGUCAUUUCGGCUUUGGUGGAUGGGAAGAGCACCCACGUCCCCUACCGGGAUUCCAAACUCACUCGGUUGUUACAGGACUCACUAGGGGGCAAUGCUAAAACCGUUAUGGUGGCCACUGUUGGACCAGCUUCAUGCUAUUAUGAUGAGACUCUCACCACGCUGAGGUACGCAAACAGAGCGAAGAACAUCAAAAACAAGCCAAAGAUCAACGAGGACCCCAAAGAUGCCCUGCUCCGUGAGUUCCAGGAGGAAAUAGCCCGUCUGAAGGCGCAGCUCGAAGAACGAGGGAUGCUGGCGAAAGAAAGAAGACGACAGAGAAGAAACAGCCUGAGGAUGAAGAGGAGUAUGAGUAGCGGAGAGGUGGAAACUCCGAGAAACGGAGAGGUAGAGGUUGUUCAGAUGGUUCGAGAGGAAAGCGUGGAGGACUAUUGGUGGAAGCAGCAGAUGGCCAAGACCUCUGCCAGUUACAAGCCAGAUAUUAGCAGGAAACUUGGCACGGUAAACGAGAAAGUAAAGACUGUGGAAGAGUUGCUGAAGGAGCAACAAGCUAUGGAAAUUAUGAUCGAAAAAUACAAGGCUAUGGAAAGUAAGCUUCUGGUUGGAGGGAAAAACAUCAUUGACCACACCAAUGAGCAGCAGAAAAUGCUGGAACUGACGAGGCUGGAGAUUGCUGAGCAGGAUAGAAAAGAAAGAGAAAUGCAGCAGCUGAUGUUUGAACAAGACGAAGAGACCAUUGAGCUAAAAGAGACGUUCUCCACUUUACAGCAAGAGGUGGAAUUUAAGACUAAGAAACUUAGAAAGUUUUACAGUAAGCUGCAGUUGGUGAGAUCUGAGAUUGGAGAUAUCAUCAAUGAACAUGUCACAAUGAGGCAGGAACUGGAGCAGACAAUGAACGAGCUGACAAGAGAGAUGAAAUUCAAAAAUCUGAUCAUAGAGAACUUCAUUCCUCCUGAGGAAAAGAAUAAGAUCAUAAAUCGGCUUCACUUUGAUAGCGAGGAAGACCAGUGGAAAGUUUUACCUCUUCUCCCUUCAGAAAAUAACUCACCUCUUGUCCGACGAAGACCAACUUCUGUAGUGGGAAAUAAGAGACCAGUUAGUAUGUAUGCUCAAACUGCUGUGGCACACGGGUCGCCUUCUAGAUACAGGGCUGAGAACAUCAUGCUUCUGGAGCUGGAUGUUUCUCCACCCACCAUGGUGCCCUUGGACCUUCAGCGGUCAGAUAUAAGAACCCAAGACUUGAUCCGUGACUUCGGCCAUUACAGAAAGAGGACGACUGCGUCACGGGUCAUGAAAGCCAGAUCAUGGUACCAAGGCCCGAGCCAUUCUGCUUGUUCUUCUGCCAGCUGUGUGCCCUCCGACCCUCAAUGCCCAUCAGCCUCAGGGAUGGAGGCGUGUGCGCCAACGUACCAGCCAUGAGUCUGUACAUAUAUAAUGCCUGUAAGCAUAGAAGCAUAGAAAGCACUUAAUUCUUAUUCUUUGCACUGUUUUCAUGAGCUUUAAACGAUGCCGUUUGUCUUUUCCGCCAUCUUUUUAGCAUCAAAGCUUAGUCAGUUUAAGCACAAUUGUCUCCUGUAUACUUGAAAAAUGCUAGUGUGUGCUGUUUAAGCUUGUGAUGAUGUCAUUCUUGAACAGAAAGUCAAACA